CUGUGAAGAGCUUUGCCCUCCAGGCAGCCAUGGGGCGUUAUGUGAGCUGCGUUGUCCUUGCCAGAAUGGGGGAGUAUGUCACCAUGUGACCGGAGAGUGUGCAUGUCCUGCAGGAUGGACGGUACAGAUCAUGUUUGUGCUACAUACCUAUUGUAUUGUCUAUCAUAACAUCAUAUAAAGGAUUCCAGUCAUCUCCUUCUCAUAACCAGAGAAUAUCACUAUUAUUUCACUAUUCUCCUCUACACAGGGCUCUGUCUGUGCUCAGCCAUGCCCGUCUGGGAAAUAUGGGAUGAACUGCAGCCAUGAGUGCCAGUGCCACAAUGGAGGACAGUGCGAUCCAGUGACUGGAAGGUGUCAGUGUGCAGCGGGAUACACAGGAGAGAG